GCAUACAGCCCUGCAUAUCAACAGAGUCUGAGGUAGCUCUUUAACUCAAAAAAGUGAUAUAGCAAUAGGUAGCAUAGGAAACUUGUAUAUAUAUAUAAGACAUUUUGUUUAGAUGCUGCAUGGAAGAGUUGCCGAACAGCUUGGAGUUCUUUGAGACAGAUUUGUUUUUCUGACACAUCGCUUUGAAGACCAAAUACUGCACCACCGCACCAGAGAGCAGAGAACAACCACAAAGAUGCUGACUCUGUGCAUGCCUCUCCGUUCAACACUGUUGUUCUUGGUGUUAAUGGUUAUGAUGCUAAUGACCUCUGCCUUCCCCCAACCUCACCUUCGACCUCUGCAAAGCAACCUUCCUCGUAUUGGUCAAGAGGAUUCCAAAAGUGAACAGUGGGAGGUACUCUACCCCUCCAUCUCGCUUCGCAAUUGGAGCAUUCACAUGCUGACCGCCCCGGAUUUUGGAGCAGCAAAGGCUGGUGCAGAACAGCUGGUUGGGGACGACUGGCUUCCGCUAAGCCAGUCACAGAUGGAGGAAGAGCUGGUCAAGAGCUGGCCGGGCGACUGGCCUUCACAGCUGGUUCACCAGCAGAAGAGAAACAUUGUGGUGGCGGAUGAUGCCGCAUUUAGAGAGAAGAGUAAGCUUUUGACAGCGAUGGAGAGACAGAAAUGGCUGAACUCCUAUAUGCAGAAACUGUUAGUAGUUCAUUCAAAAUGAUUUCAAACAUUUAUCCGGUUGUUCAUAUGUACAAAUAUAUGAAAAUGGUGCGUUUUAUGCAGGAUCUUAACUACCAAGUUAAAAAUGUAUGAUGACACAUUACAAUGUGUAGAUAAAGACGAUUAUUUCUUUCCUUUUUUAAGAAGAUUGGUUGAAUAGGCAAAAUGCAUGAUGUGGAGUCUAUUGAUCUAAUUCAAAUA